CCAGCUUUCAACAAUUUCUCACUAUUAUCAUCGACCUUCGUACUCACUGCUCACAAACAAACUAUGUCUAGCACAGCUGGUCAGGUUAUCAAGUGCAGAGCUGCUGUGGCUUGGGAAGCAGGGAAGCCUCUGUCGAUCGAAGAGGUAGAGGUAGCGCCUCCGCAGGCCGGAGAAGUGCGUCUCAAGAUUCUCUUCACCGCCCUCUGCCAUACUGAUGUUUACUUCUGGGAAGCCAAGGGACAAACUCCGUUGUUCCCUCGUAUAUUUGGCCACGAAGCCGGCGGGAUUGUGGAGAGCGUAGGAGAGGGAGUGACUCAUCUGAAACCAGGAGAUCAUGCUCUUCCGGUAUUCACAGGCGAGUGUGGAGAGUGCCCACACUGUAAGUCGGAAGAAAGCAACAUGUGCGAUCUUCUGAGGAUCAACACGGACAGGGGUGUCAUGAUCAACGACGGCAAGUCCAGAUUCUCCAAGAACGGACAGCCAAUAUACCAUUUUGUGGGAACUUCCACAUUCAGCGAGUACACCGUGGCGCAUGCUGGGUGUGUUGCUAAGAUUGACCCCUCUGCUCCUCUUGACAAAGUUUGUAUUCUUAGCUGCGGAAUCUGCACAGGAUUUGGUGCCACGGUAAAUGUUGCAAAACCAAAGCCUGGUUCCUCUGUUGCCAUUUUUGGAUUGGGAGCUGUUGGCCUCUCUGCUGCUGAAGGGGCAAGGGUUUCUGGGGCAUCCAGAAUUAUCGGGGUUGACUUAAUGUCCAGCCGUUUUGAGAAAGCUAAGAAGUUUGGGGUCAAUGAGUUUGUGAACCCAAAAGAUCAUGACAGACCUGUACAAGAGGUAAUAGCUGAAAUGACAAAUGGGGGAGUGGACCGUGCGGUUGAGUGCACCGGGAGCAUCCAGGCCAUGAUCUCGGCAUUCGAAUGUGUCCACGAUGGAUGGGGUGUGGCGGUCCUGGUUGGAGUGCCAAACAAGGAUGAUGCAUUCAAAACUCAUCCAGUGAAUUUCCUGAACGAGAGGACUCUGAAGGGCACCUUCUACGGCAAUUACAAGCCGCGUUCUGAUGCGCCUUCUGUUGUGGACAUGUACAUGAGAGGGGAGCUGGAACUGGAGAAGUUCAUAACUCAUUCUGUGCCUUUAUCGGAGAUCAACAAGGCAUUUGACUACAUGUUCAAAGGCGAGUCCAUCAGGUGCAUCAUUCGUAUGCAAGAGUAGAACCAUGUGUGCCGUCAGGAUUCAGAGUUUUCUUUGUGGGUGUGAAAAACACGAAUAAAUUAGCUUCACACCAAACUAAUUAUAAUGCCCCGUGUAUAUUAUCAAAUUUGUGCAGUGUCGCAAUGUUGAGAACCGUACAUAAGGACGUUUUUUACUUGAAAUUUUGGCAUCUGCGCCUUCCAACGCACAUUGUAAUACCAGUGUAUGCGAUAUCGUAUUUCUUUGAUACUUAUGUUUGAAUAAGAACUUAAGUAGGUGUGUUAUUGUUGGCAAAAAAAAAA